AUGGAGGAGUUUUGGGAAGAGGAGCUCGCAGAGAAUGCAGAAAAAGAAGGAGAGGAAGCGGCUAAAAAGAAGGCAUUUCAAGAUGGCGAAAGCUUUGGGAAAGUGAACGGCGGAAUUAUUGGCUUUGAUGUCGGAUAUGCACUUGGACUUUCAGAAAGUCUUAUUCUUCUUGCUGAUAAGAUGCCUGAUUCCUCUAAGACGAGGAGAAUUGUUGCGAAUUCGGAGAAACUCAGGGAAGUUGUUGCGAAUUUGAAGGUCAUGCAUCCGGAAAAUGAAAAUAUACAAGAGGAACUGCAAUCAAUCAAAGAUAAAUUGGCGAAACUAAACUCUUCGAUAUCGAGUUCGAUGCGAUCAUCACCAGUUCCGAAGACGACCGAAGUAUCCGCGAAAAAUAUUGACUGGUAA